AUGGUCUCACCGAGGCCGGAGCCGGCUCUCGGUCCGCGGUCUACGAAUAACCAGGGCAGGUUUAUGAAUAGUCACGCCCAAAAUGGCGCUCCUAUGACUGGAGGCAAUUCCUACAUGUGUGCUGGCACCGUUGUAUGCUGCCUGCCAUGUGUCGUGGCCGUUUCGAAAUGCUUGGUGGACAUGUGCACGCCAUGGGGGACGGGCCAUGAGCAUGAGCAUGAGCAUGUUCGUGGUAGCGAAUCUGGUGAUCGCAGCACCUCACGGCAACUCCUCCGUCACAUCACACAUCCCGGCCAUCGCUCUCCAUCUGACAGCACAGACAUUGGCGGUGAAAGAGAGCGAGGCACGCGACUUUCUCCCACUUCCGCUUCAAGCUCAAGCAACCACUAUUAUUUGCAUUUCACUGCUACGCUUCAUGAUUAUUCAUCUGCUCACAGGACAUCUCAUCUCCGCCUAACUGCGACAUUGGCGUGUCAUGUCUCAGUGCCAGCACCUGGACCUUGCUUGCUUCUGUCAAGAUUUAAGAUCGGCACGCCUGGCUUUGCCCUCCCAAGAACUCGGCUCAUUUGGCGAUUAAUACUCGGCAUCCGAUUCAGGACAGCACGACAGCACGACAGCACGACAGCAAGAUGGCAGCUCAAGCAGAAGCUGCCAGUGUCGCUAUGGCAGCUCGCUUCGACCUGUCUCCACCACAUCCUCUUUUACCAACUGACAGACUCACAGACAGAGCCACAGUUCCUCAUCAAAAUCCAGCCGACACCGAUGCAUCAACAUGAUUCUCCCCUGGGCAAACAUUGCGACUCGCCUUCAUUCGACACAGUAAAGUCAGCAUGCUCUCAGUCAUCCCAAGGGAACAUAUCACCGUAUAGUCCAACAUCAGCGGCUCCACAUCUUCAAAACAUAUGUGCUGUCUUUAUACGAGCAAUCAAUGAACGCGACUUGUACCCAGAAAGCCCAGCCUGGGCCGAAAAUUGUCAUCCCAAUUUCACAGCCGAUCACGACUGUCCUGUGCGGAAGAGGAAGAUCAUCAUGAACCUUAAAGAAUGGCUUCGAACAAAAAGGGACAUGAUUGCAGGCGACUGCCCAGAAUUCAGAAUCGAGAUUCCGGAGCAAAAUACCACCAUCUACCAAAAUGAAAGAGCUGCUGAGGUUUUCUUGGUCGUUAAGAGUUUUGGCCUUAUUGAAGGCGUGGUGGCUCAGGAUGUCGGAGUGUUUGAAUUCAAGUAUGGGAGAGGCCGAUGGCUGGCCACCAAGUAUCGAGGACUGAGAGGACUCAACGAUGCACUUUCUGUAUAUGGCGCACCCGACCACAGCGUUACUGCUGGGUAUUUCUUGAGCAAAGAGCAGGACUCGCUCAAGCAUUUCAUCCUGAACUGGACCUGCGUCAGACGAGAUUUUCACCUCCUGCCAGAAAAAUUCGAACACGUAUCACUCGAUAUUGGCAAUACAGAUCAACGGCCAGAAAUCCCGCGACCAGCUCCACAAUCAUCACACAUCUACUCACCACACAGCCGACCCUUUCAUCGACCACGACAAGUACAUCUAUCUAGUCAUCUACGAAUCACAAUCCACUCCAGCAGACAUCCAUCCUCCAAUACUCUGACCGCAAACCUCAUCAACAUCAUCAAACAGAAUUUUCCUAAUGGCUGGAAAAAUCUCAUCUUCAUCGACAUGAGCCUUGGCGCCGGAUUGGAAGAGCUGGUUUGCUAUCAUAUUCAUGCCAUGCUGGGUAGAAAGUUGAUGUGGUUGGUGAAGGUGCGGGAAUUCAAUAUGGAAGAGGAGGGGCGGGUUGAAGGAUAUGAGUUUGAUGGAGGGUACAUGUAG